CCUCAGUCGAAAGAAACCUCUGCGACACGUCACUGCUCACCUCAGUUGCUUACGUGCCGUGGUUUGAGGAAUUUCGCUAAGAUGAGAUUAUAACCAAAAUCUUAAUCAAUUUGAAUCAAAAUUACGCGUAAAUUUCACAUUAAAUCCGCCGGUUAGCUGUUGUCCUUAUUCCUCAACAGAAAGCGCACAGUGUUUGUGUUAUUUUUUAAAAUGGGGGUGAAAGAAUCUCCAAAUAAAUGUGAAAAGUCUUCUGAAAUUAGCCGGAAGCCAGACGGUGCCAGUGAAGAGUUAUUAAGUUGGAAAUGUUUGUUUACUAUUGUUGUUGUUUUGACGGUGGCAACGAGAUUUUAUAAAGUAACGGAACCGGAUCAUGUGUGCUGGGACGAAACACAUUUCGGAAAGAUGGGGAGCUGGUAUAUAAACAGAACGUUUUUCUUUGAUGUUCAUCCCCCGCUAGGGAAGAUGCUAAUCGGUCUUUCGGGCAUACUUACCGGCUACAAUGGAACGUAUCCGUUUGAGAAACCUGGCGAUAAGUAUAAUGGGACACGGUAUGAAGGAAUGAGAGUGUUUUGUACAACGCUGGGUGCGCUCAUUGUCCCGAUGGCGUUUGAUACAGUGUGGGAACUCACUGAAUCCCAACAGGCAGCAUUAGUUGCAGCUGCUUAUAUAAUUUUUGAUGUUGGCAUGUUGACUUUGAAUCAAUAUAUUCUGCUCGAUCCCAUCUUGUUGUUUUUCAUGACUGCGUCCGUUUGGGGGAUGGUCAAGGUAUCCAAGUGCACCGGCCUGGGACGUUCAUACACUGCUGGAUGGUGGUUUUGGCUCUUCUUUACUGGGACCAUGCUAGCUUGCACUAUCAGUGUAAAGUUUGUUGGCUUAUUUGUGGUCAUACUUGUUGGCUUGCACACAAUAAAUGAACUGUGGAACGUGUUGGGCGAUCUGAGUAAGCCGGCCAUGGAAUGCUGUAAGCAACUGAUAUGUCGAGCGAUUUCAUUAAUCCUUUGGCCGGCCUGUUUGUAUUUGUUCUUCUUCUACGUUCACUUGACAGUGCUGAAUCGAAGUGGGAACGGCGAUGGCUUCUACAGUUCAGGAUUUCAAUCAAGACUUAUUGGAAAUUCCCUGUACAAUGCCAGCAUGCCAAGGACGGUGGCAUACGGGGCCAUUGUAACGUUCAAGAAUCAUAAAACGGGCGGAGGAUAUUUACACUCGCAUUAUCAUCUCUACCCGAAAGGCGUUGGAGCCAAGCAACAGCAGAUAACGACAUAUACACACAAGGACGAGAAUAAUAAAUGGCUGAUAAAACCGUACAAUAAAGAAUCUGUACGGAAAGUCCGAAUCCUUAAGCAUGGCGAUUUGGUUCGACUGGAGCACGUUCAGACCAGACGUAAUUUGCACUCACAUCGGGAACCGGCACCGCUCACUAAGAAGCAUCUUCAAGUGACUGGUUAUGGAGAGAAUGGCAUAGGUGAUGCCAACGAUGUGUGGAAAGUUCUAAUUGUCGACGGCAGACAAAACGACUCAGUACUAACUGUUACGAGUAAACUACUAAUUGUUCACUAUCUCCAGAACUGUGUACUCACGGCUAGCGGAAAGCAAUUACCAAAAUGGGGCUUCGAGCAGCAGGAGGUAUCCUGUAAUCCGAAUAUACGAGACAAGAAUGCAUAUUGGAAUGUUGAAGAUAAUUUUCAUGAGAAAUUGCCCAAUGUUAGCUUCAACGUUUACGCACCUGGAUUCAUUUCGAGGUUCUUGGAGUCGCAUGCUGUUAUGAUCCAGGGGAAUGCUGGCCUGAAGCCGAAGGAGGGAGAGGUCACAAGUCGACCAUGGCAAUGGCCUAUUAAUUAUCGGGGACAAUUUUUCUCAGGCAGCGCAUACCGUAUCUACUUGCUGGGCAAUCCAAUAAUCUGGUGGAGCAAUCUCAUCUUUCUGCUGUUAUUCCUAAUCGUCUUGUUUAUUACAGCUAUUAAGGAGCAACGUCGUGGUCCAAGUACGGAGAGCAUAAAGAACGCAAAACUCAGGCAAUCUCUCCAGGCUGCCGUGUGGCUGUUUGCCGGUUGGAUUCUGCAUUAUUUGCCAUUUUGGGCAAUGGGACGAGUCCUGUAUUUUCAUCAUUAUUUUCCAGCACUCAUAUUCAACUCCAUGCUAACAGGUGUGAUAUACAACUACGUGACACAUCAUUUAAGCCCAUGGUUCAGGCAUAUCCUGUUGGGAGCAUUUUUGGGAGUCCUCGCCUACAGCUUCAUCCUAUUCUCGCCGCUGGCCUACGGAAUGACCGGACCCUUGGCUAAUGAGCCCAACUCGACCAUGUAUGGCCUGAAAUGGAUGUCCAGUUGGGAAUUUUAAUUUGGUCGCCGACGCAGCCUGGCCCGGACGAAUGGAAACGGAUGCAGAGACGGACAUAAGUAAUAUUCAGUCAUAAAAAAUAAAGGACAACAACAGACAGACGACCAGACGAACAGGCGGACAGUCGGGCGUAAUGUGGAUAUGAAAAUCAGAAAAUAUGAACAGACAAACUCAGACGGAGAGACCGAUUGAGAAUGAAACUACGAAUAAAUGAAUGCAUUAAGGACUAAAUGGGUGAAUGAAUAAUGUCGGAUUAUAUCAGUGGAUUUUAAAUGAGUGCGGCUACUUUCGGGUGGGACUGGAUUGGCAUUUACGAACUUGAUGGCCAGGAUAAGCAGAGAAAUUGUGUUUUUGAAGGACACUCGUCGGAGCGAACGAGGAAACUUUUUUAAUUUUGCUAAUAAUAACUCGUGGUUGUUUUCAUUUAAAGAUUAAAUUAGGAGACUUUUUGCGGUUAAAUUUGAUUUGAAUUGAUUUCUUUUUAAGAUUUUUUAUGUUAAUUUUAAGGAUAAGAUACUGCCUUACAUUAUUUAUUCAUACGAAGCCUUUUCAGCGAUUUAACAAUAUUCAUAGUUUUAACG